AUGUAUUUUCCUUUUAUAUAAUAAUUAAAUAAACAAAAGAUAAUUUGUAAUUCUAAAAUGCUUAACCUCGAUAAGAAUCGUUAUAUUGACAAAAUUUAUCGCAAAUCAGCUGAUCUUACUUAUUAACAAGAAUAUGGUUAUCAGGACAAAUAAUCAGAUAAUUAGAACAGUUAAGAAGAAUCAAAUGAAGAAUAAGAGGAUGACAAAUGGGAAAGAAGACACUAUAAAUUCUAAAAUGAAUCUAAAUAAUAUUGUAAAUCUGUAUAUGAAGAUAUAAAAUUAUAAAAAGCUAACGAUGUAUACAUUUUUGAAUAAAAUCCUUAAAAAAUAAAUCAUAAAUUGCUGACUCAUAAAGAAAAUUACAUCAUAUAUGAAAGAAAAGAUAAUCUUUUAAAAGCUAUAAACAAAAUUAUGCUUUUCUAAGAGCAAAAUAACCUAAUUGAUUACCAUCCAAAUAUAAAUUCUAUAAGUGGAUAAAUCAAAGAGCUUGUAUAAGAAAAAAUGAAAAAUAGGAAAACCAAUUACUAUCCAUAAGAAGAAGAUGAAGAAAAAGAAUAAUAAUAAUAAAACACUGCAGAUAUUGUGAAGGUUAGAAACAUUAUUCACCAAUCCCUUUAGCCUUACCAUAAGGAUUACAUUAAAUCUGAUCAGAGCAAAUAAAUUGAAGCCUAUUUUAAAGAAAUUAAAGAGUAUCAAGGAAUUGAUCAGUGGGGAAAAUAAUAUAAGACUUCUUAAUCCGAAUUUCUAUGGCUCCCUGCUGUUUUCAAAUACUCUAAAAAAAAAAAAAUGUACGAAAUUGAAGGAAAAUUAUUUAAUCUUUUAGAGAAAUGCCCUGAUAUUGAUGAACUCAAAUUAGAAUUAAAUCAUUUAAUGACUUAUUUCUCAACACCUCUUCAAUAGACACAUGACUAUUUUAAAAAAUUGGAAUACAAGAUUUCAAACGAAUUCAAUUACGAUAGAAUAAAGAUAUUAGAUAAUAAAAGUAAAGUCAAUUUCUCUCAAUAAAUUCAUGCUAUCGUUAAAAUAAGUGAAAUUGAAAUAGCUCCUAAAAGCACUUACUCAGGUAAAUGGCAUGUAGAAGGUUUUUCAUCAGAUAACAUCCUCUAUACAUGUUUAUAUGUAAUAGAGCAUGAUGAAAACCUAGUAGAUGGAAAACUUAAAUUUAAAAGAACUCCUCGCUCAGAUGAUGAUCCUUGUGGAGGAAGUUAAAUGUAAAGUGCCCAUUAAUACUGUCCUAGCUAUAACCAUUUAUGUGAUCCUCAUAAAUUAAUUCCUUUAGGUUCUCUCGAUAUCAAAGAAAAUUUGAUGAUUAUUUUCCCAAACCAAAAUAUCCACAAAGUAAAGGGAAUCAAGAAUGUAACAGAUAAACCACUUAAAAGAAAAAUUGUUGUAUUUUUUGUGGUUAAUCAUAAAGAUUAGCCUUACACAAUUAACGACGUAGAGUUCACAAAGCCUCUAGAGUUUAUAAAGGAAUAUAGACUUAGAGAUAUGUAUGAAAGAUCUCUAAAUAAGUAAACUGAGGCUCAGUCAUUCGAUUAUUGUGAGCAUUGA